AUGUCGCGAAGAAGCAACCAGCCAUGGGGAGCGCCAAAUGGCGGUGUCGAGAAGGACGACAAGAAGCCCGACCAAGCUCAAGACAAGCAGGCAAGGCUUCUAUCUUCUGACGCCGGCCACUUUUCGCUCGUGAGAGCGCUCCAUAUGGCCGACUACAUCACAGAGCUCAACGGAUUCUGCGGUGUCAUGUCCGUAUUCUCAUCCCUUCGCUACUGCCUCGGUAACCCACACGAUUUGGGGAAUUUGUAUGCUGCGCUCGCGCUCAUCCCGUUCGGGUUCUUCUUUGACGCCCUGGACGGCAAGGUCGCACGAUGGAGAGGAAAGGCGUCACUCAUGGGACAAGAGCUUGACUCGCUCGCUGAUCUGCUGUCCUUUGGAAUGUCGCCGGCCGUAGCAGCCUUCGCCAUGGGUCUCCGCACCCCAGUCGACCAUAUCCUCCUGACAGUCUUCGUUCUAUGCGGCCUCACACGUCUCGCACGCUUCAACGUCACAGUAUCUGUUCUCCCCAAAGAUGCAACCGGAAAAUCGAAAUACUUUGAAGGCACCCCCAUUCCUACGACGCUUGGCACGACCGCACUAAUGGCCUACUGGGUAUCACAAGGCUGGGUACACGAGAACAUCCCCUUCGGCGCAGCACUUGUCGGCACACCCUUCGAAUUCCACCCUCUCGCCAUCAUGUUCAUACUGCACGGAAGCCUGAUGGUCAGCAAGACGAUCCGCAUACCUAAACCCUAGAGAGCACGAAACGAAA